CAUGCGCUCGGACCAAGCCGUGACCCGCUGCUCCUGCUAAGCUAAGGUGGUUCGUACCAACAGAUGGUACGCGUCAAACGCUCCGAAAACCCGCUUUCCUAUGAAAUGUGCCGCAUUAAGCGAUAACGGCGCAGUCGUAGGAAGAGCUACCCACCGCGGCAGCAGCGUUUUCAGUGAGCGCCAGUCACUCUCCGGGAACGCAUGCUUGUAUUUUAAGUUUACCGCAGCUAGCUGGCUAGCUCGUCAGCUCACCAAAAGUGAAACAGGAACGAGGCUGAAAGCUCCAGGAGUUUGACUUCAGCACAGCCAAAACAAGCAGCUUAUCCCUCCGUCGUCAUCAUGGAGUCCUGAAAUCUUCAGGUUUCGGCGACUCGCCAGGUCGCUUGUGGUUGCUUUGGACCAGAGGCCUCUUCAGCCUACAGCCUGUCCGACCUCCCAGGCUGAGGGAGCGAGCAGAUGGGGAACUGGUGCUGUUGUCGCCAUGAAAGUCCUUGCGGCAGUUUGGAGGAAAGAAGCGGUUUGCUGACCAGUGACUCGAAGGCCACCCAGUUCACAGGCUGUAAAGCUGUGGCUGGCAAUUGCGGUCCUGAAGGAGAUGAUUGCAUGAGGGAUGAGGAGCGGAAGAUGAGUCCUGAGACCGGCGAGCAGGAGCCUAAUAACACUCAGGAGAAUGGACCCUUGAAGCAGGAAGUCAUUCAAAUAGAGAUGCCUCCGCCCUGCAAGAUGUCUGAAGAAAACGCCACCGGAGUACAAGAUACAGAGGAAUCUCCUGCUCACAGUUGUCAACUUCCAAUGCAGUGCGCUUUGGGGUCUGUCCAGGAUGAGCACGCCAAAGCGGAUUCUGAAGUUUUAAAAGCACCAGAGAUAGAAGAAAACCCCCCCACGCCGGACAAAAUCCCAGAUGGCACCUCUCUGACACCUGAGGUGGUCUGCUUUGAAAAAACUCCGCAAACUGAGGCAAACACAACAGUAGAGCAAACUGCAGCGAGCACAACUCAUCAUGACGAAGAAGAAAAAGUGACUGUUGAAGCUGCAGCUAAACCAUCAGGGGAGUUUUCUGAAAAUCACAAAGUGUCAUCAGUGUCAAACAUGCUGCUGGCUGCAGCUGCCCCGGCAGCCCAGCUGUCAUCUGUGUCUGUGGAAAAGCAGGAGCCUGAACCUGAGCCUCUGACAUGGCAUAGUCUUGGUGACAUGGACCCACAAAGCCAUGAUGUCUCCCAGUUGUCUUCUGGAUUGGAGCCCUCGGAACUCGACCACAGCGGUGAGGGACAGGACUCUGCCAGCUCAGUGAAGGAGCCAGAAACCACAGCUCCAGCAGACGCCAGAGAGAGGCCAGUGGGUUCAGAGUUUGCAAUAACAAAACAAACAAGCUUGCCAUUAGAUGAAGAUAAAAGGUCAGAUGCGGAGCAUACACCUGCAAUGUCAGAGGAGGUCGUGUCUGUGGAGAAAACCAAGCAGGAAGCAAUGUUAGUGCAGGAUAACGAUGAAGAUCUCCUCAAGGUCAAGCGGAACGAUGAAGAGAUAAAAGAGGAGAGGCCAACUGAGGCCGAGACUGAACCUGUGAAAGAUGCUGAAGGCGAGGAGGUUACAGGAAAAAAGGAGCAGCGGGCAGAGAGCGCAACCAAGAAUGUUAUGGCUGAGGCCACGGAGAAGGAGGACAGUGAAGAAGAUUUGUACAGAGGCGAAGAGGAGCUGUCUGCGUCACAGCCCGAGUUGGAGACAAAACUUUUAAAGGUGGAGGACAGAUGCAGUUUGUCACCGGUGGUGAAUAUUCUGUUGUACAGUGAGAGGGAGUGGAAGGGAAAUACUCCUAAAAGCGCUCUCAUUAAAAAGGGUUAUAAGGAGAUGUCCCAGAGCUUUGCCAGCGUACGAAGAGUCAGGGGGGACAACUACUGUGCCCUCAGAGCCACGCUGUACCAAGUGUUGUCUCACAGCACCCAGCUGCCUGAUUGGCUGCAGAAUGAGGACGUCAUCAUGGUAAAUUUUCACUUCUGCAUCUUAUCGUUCAGAGCUCAUGCUGAAACCAGCCCCAGCAUGGCCAAGAGAAAUGACCAACAAAAGAUCCUUUUUGACCAGAUCAGCCUGGGGACCAACAUCAAGAACAGAUCAUGGCAGGCAGCGGUGGACUGUGCCACCGACGCUGAGCGUCAGCAGCUCUGUGAGCGAGUGUUUCAGGGUGGAGAAGAGGAGCUUGGUCUGCUGGAGGCUCUCAAGCUGCUGAUGCUGAGCAGAGCGGCAGAGCUGCACAGCUGCAUGCAGGGCGGUGAAGACGUCCCCCUCUUCUGCUGGCUGCUGUUCGCGCGGGACUCCUCCGACUGUCCACGCUCUUUCCUCUCCAACCACCUCAGCCACGUGGGCCUGACCGCAGGUCUGGAGCAGGUGGAGAUGUUCCUGCUGGGCUACGCCCUGCAGUGUACCAUUCAAGUUUACAGACUGUACAAGGCAGACACAGAGGAGUUUGUCACCUACUACCCGGACGACCAUAGGGACGACUGGGAAUCUGUGUGCCUCGUCACAGAGGAUGAUCGCCACUACAAUGUGCCCGUUGUAGAAGCUGCAGAAACACAAAAGGAGCUCCCCUCCAGCUGAUUGCCACUGCAGAAAAACCUCCUGCCAUACAAACACCCCUCAGGUUGAUCAAGAUUUAUCAAUUAAAGGUAUAGUUUUGGGAAGUGUGCUUAUUAAUUGACAGCCAGCAGUAAGUUUGCUUAGCUUAGUGCAAAGAAUGGAAGUAAACGGUACAAACAUACAACCACCAGCACUUUUACUUGUUUGUUUGUUUUUUACUUUAAUCCACACAGAAAUCAAUGACACAUUAUGAUUUUCUUCUUCUCUGGACAGAGGCGCCUUGCUAACCUUUUCUACAUUUCCUUUAUUAUCUAUUGACUUUUGUGGUAAUUAAUGAUUUUAUCCUCUUUCUAAAUCAGUAACAGGUUAUAUAAUUGGCUUCAGAAAUUUUAAGCCAGGCUUUUGUUAAAUUUACAUGUAAAUUUCACGUAACAGAGACUAAGCCAGCAAAAACACACCCAUGCUGUUGAGGAGAGCAGAACAGGUUAGACAGACACACAUGCAUCAGCACGAAUCAGCUGCUGCAGCUGUGCCGAGCAUGGGUCACAUCUGUCUGGACUGUUAGAUGAAAAAGGGAUCACAGAUCUGUUGCUUUAAAUUAUGAGCGAUCUUUAUCACUGUGCACACACUCCACCAGAAGUAGAGGUGAAUGCACAUUAAGAGCCUGGUCUCAGUUUUAAUCUCCAUCAUAAAAAAGCUGUUUAAAUAUUAGCAGGAAAGAGAAACAAGACAAACUCUUCUGUUGUGAUCGCUAGUUGGCUUAAAUUAAGAUACUUCUGAAGGAAAGGUGCUGGUGGGAGGAUGUUCUUGCCUUUGGAAUAAGUGGUAACCUGAAACCUGCAGACCUCCACAAGAGACUGAUGAUUUUUGUUUUGGGCCUUUUAUUAGAGAUGUUCCUGGCUAGUCAUCAUUUCUAAAAGGUAAAAAAAUCACUCAGAAAACCUUUAGAAUUGAGCAGACCUUAAAUCAGGGAUGUCAAACUCAUUUUAAGUGGGCCGGACAGAUGAAAAUCUCCUUUUUCAUUCUGCAAACACAUUCCGUGUUAAUGAAAAGGUCCUUUUUUCAUUCAUGCAAGCACACCCUGGUGCAGAAUGUGGUUAACCUGGCUUUAGCUGCUUGUUUAACCCGCUAUUUCAGCAGCUGACUAGCGGGGAGGCAAUAUUUAAAUAACUAGUCAACUGGUACUGUUUGACAAAUAUUAUGGUCUGCUGUGUAGUAGGGCCCAUUCAAUAAGUUUUUGCUGCAGUUGUAGUGAGUUACUGCCUGAAUGUCGCACUGAUUACGGAGCGUAUCCGUCUAUGCACUGCACCCAUACAGUCUGUAUGUGGAGCUUUCUGGAUAACCUUGGGAGCAUUAGCUGACAUGAUGACACAUCUGGCCCCAAAAACCAAAGUGCUUAAGGCCAUUAAGCAAACCUAACGUCACAGUGACUGUGUCCAUCUUCUGUAUACAGUUUAUGUUUUUGGCAGAGAACGGCUAGCUGUCCCCCGCUUCCAGUCCUUAUGCUAAGCUAAGCUGACUGCCUCCUGCUUCACAUAUCUAACUCAGCAAAUAAGCACACGUCCCAAAAAUCUUGACCUAUUCCUUUAAAAAAAA